AUGCGUCUUUCUGCUGCCAUCGCAAUCGCCUCCCUCCUCCCGACAGUCACAAGAACCUAUGCAUUCUCUUGGCUUUCCCCCGACUUCAACGAAUCCCAACUGAAACGUGGCCUCGAUGCCAUUCAAGGUGACACUGAACUUGUGAAGCAAAUUCGUGAGCUUUAUGCCCGCCAGCAGGAAGAAGUUCAUGCCUGGAAUAAGGCGGGAAAGCCGGAUAUCGCUCGUGAAGUCCUCAACUAUAGGAAGAGGUCGAUCCAGAAGAGACAGAAUAAUGGGACGAUCGACGCAAUAUUUGGCCCCGACGACGGCAUAUUGGUGGGGGUAGCGAAUACUCUGGUAGACAUCCUUGAGGGAUCAAAAUACUUUCCGGAAGACAACCAUCCGUUUGAGUGGCCCUCUUCAACGGAUCAACGGGGUCCUUGCCCAGGAAUGAACACCCUCGCCAAUCACGGUUACCUUCCUCGAAAUGGUAUCGUCACCGCCGGCGAGGUCAUCUCAGCCUCCGCUGAAGUUUUCAAUAUGGGCGCAGACCUCGCUGCUGUGCUCGUCGGUGGCGCAGUUGCUCUCAACGGGGACAUAACGACUCUUACCUUCUCGCUCGGUGGUGCUGACGCUCGCACCAACUCUCUCGGGAAAUUGGGUGGGCUCCUCGGAACAGAGACUGGUCUUGACGGUCACGGACGAGUGAACGAGGGCGAUGCUAGUGCCACUCGGUGCGACUUCUAUCUCUGCGAAGGGGACAAUCACAAUAUGCAGCCCGAGUUCUUCUCCCAGAUGCUUGAUCAUGCUAAGGAGAACAACAACCAAUUUGACGUUAACGCAAUGGCUAACUCCCUCGACACUAACCCGAACUUCUACUUCGUUCCCCCGUCCGCUCUCAUCGUCAUGGGUGCUACUUACUUUCACCCUGGCUUUUUCUCCAACGGGACUAUUGGCGCCGGGGGUUCUGCGAAUCUUGCGUCGAUUGCUUCGUUCGCGGGAGCGAGAUUUGCAGAGGAUGGUAGUAUCACUUACGUCCCGGAGCGCAUUCCUGAGAUUGGAUGGUAUCGUCGCUCUGUCCCCAUGCUCCUUUCUGAAGCCCUCGCUGGCAUCCUCUCUAUCUACCUCAAUCCCGAGCCUGUCCUCUUCGGUGCCAACUCAGGAUCCGUGAACAACUUCAUCCCUGGACCUGGCUUAUUACCAACGAACGCAUCGAAUGUCCAAGGUCUUGGGUGCUUCCUGUACAAUGCCCUUUACGCGGACUUCUUCGGCGAAUUCGAUAACAUCCUCUUUGGACUUGAGUCCACCGUCAACGCUGUUCUCGGACUUCUGGACCCAGCCCUCUCCGACUUCGUCGGCUGCACGCCUAACUACCCCGACGAAACCUCGCCGAACGCUUACGGUGGGGCCGUCAUUUAUCUCAACAAGACCUCUUCUGCACCCGGUGCCCCGCAGAAGCAACCAUGCUUGACCCAAAGUGGAGGUGGGACUCAAUGCGAUACGAGGACGAACUCGUAUGGGAAAAGUAAGAGCGAUGAUGUGCAGAAUAGGUGGAAGUUUACGAGCUAUGUGAGCGAUGGGCAGGACCCGCUUCCGAGCAGUAAUUAGUGGGCAUUGGUAUGCUCUAUAGUCAUAUCCUACUGCACGUCAUGAAAGGACAUUGUUUAGGUGUUGUUCGUUCUUAAACAAAUACUGUUUACACGGCAUUACUCCCUUCAUUUGUUCACUCGAUUCGAC